AGAUGUUUCAGUGGGAACUUUAUUGUAGGGGGACUAUUGCGCAUGCUGCGAGUGUUUCUGGGAUCAGUAAAGCCAAUUCUGAACUAAGGAAUCGUUCGCUCAGUAAUCAUCAUUAUCGAUUAACGAAUAGAUGGCUUCAACAGUUGACUUCAGAACUCAUGUUGACCAGUCCUGCAGGUACUCUGAAGAAUUCGUCAAUAUUUACUACGAUUGUAUGGAUAAGAAAAGGAGGAACUUGACAAGGCUCUACCUGGACAAGGCUACACUAGUAUGGAAUGGCAACGCCAUCUCUGGCCAAGAUGCUCUCGGGGAAUUCUUUGAAUCCUUGCCGUCCAGCGAAUUCCAGGUGCACACUCUUGAUUGCCAGCCAGUACAUGAACAAGCGACACAAGGCCAGACCACCCUGCUGGUUGUUACUGCUGGCUCAGUAAAAUUUGAUGGAAACAAACAACGCUACUUCAACCAGAACUUCCUGCUUACAGCCCAGGCCUCCCCCUCCAGCGACCAACCUGUGUGGAAGAUAGCAAGUGACUGUUUCCGAUUCCAAGACUGGGCCAACUGAAGAUAGAAUUUUUUAUUUUUUCUUUUCUUGAAAACUACCUUUUAAAUUUGUAUGACGAUUGUAGAACCACUGUAAAUAAAUAUUUGUGAGUUUCUUUGCAAA